AGUUCCAAACGCGAAUCCACAGAGCACGGUCGAUCCCUUGGCCAUUGUCGGUUGAAAAACAUGUUGUGAACACAUUUCCCAACGAUACAAAAAGUGCAAGUGACUACGUAGAAAACGUUGACAACUGGAGUUUACAAAUCGAAUUAUAAAACACGCUGUUUAAAUAUAAAAAUUAUAAAAAAAUUAUUCAAUUUUUCAAAAAUACAAAAAAAGAUGUGUGAAAUUACAAAAAUAAAUAAUUGAUAAAUACAGUGAAAACUGAAAAUACAUUGAACACAAUUGAGAUUAUAGCAAAACGAGAUUAAAGUUACGUGCAUAAGAAGAAGUUAUGCGGAAACGUUAAAGCUGAAUAUAAUAUAAACAAGUUACAUAAAAGUGUCUGGAAUUUAUAAAGCAGAGGCUUAAACUUUAAUAGGAUAAAGCAGAGAAUUCGUGGAUAAAAAGUGAAAGCCUGUGCAACAAAGUUGGCAGCCCAUAAAAAUGCUCUGGACUGGAGUGGGCGUAAAUUAGCAGCCACAUCAAUUUCAGCGCGGCGAGUCAAACUUAAUUAAAACGCGUGUUGGCCAGACAAAUUUUCGGACCCUGUGGAGACUUAAUUGAAAUUUAACCAACCGCUCGCACCGCGAAGCAAAUGCUUUGGCUGGCAGUGCUCCUCCAGGCUCUGCUGCCCGGCUAGAUUGCCGAUUUCCGUGCCCACGUCCAUGCCGAUGUCUAUGUCCAAGUCCUUGCCACACUGAUCGCCCACUGCAGCUGAAGUGCACCAGGAAUAACGAUGCCACCGCUGCUGCUUGCGUUCAUGUUGCUGCUGCAGCAGCAACAAUUGCUGGCAGGCAGCGCGACCGACCAGCAAUUAGCCGGAGCGACUGAUGACGGAAGGUCGGCCGCCGCAUUAAGUGACAAUUUAAAUUCAACGCUUGUACUGCUAGCUGGUAAAACCAUAAAAGCCAUUGAGCGACAGACGAAAGCUGCAGAUAGGAUGGCAGGCGGCGCGACGGAUAAGUUGCAAGUGACACCUGCAAACCAAUUACCUGCGAACACAGCGGCUACCUCCACUCGCCCAGCUGUGCUCCGUACUUUGGAUUCCUUUAUGGCCGCCACAAUGGCAACCGGAAACCAGUUGGGACCAGGCGCACCAAGGGGGAUAAAAAGUGCGGCAACCUUAGAAGCAAGCUCGACGACAACAGCACCUCCACGAGCAGCAGGUGUGUCAGUAGCAGCAGCAACAUCAGCACCAGCAGCAACAGCAGCAACAGCAGCAUCAGCAGCAAUAACUGCAGCAAUUCAAGCCACGGCAGCAACAUCGCCGACUCGGGAGCAACACACGCUGCCCCCACGUCCCGCAGUGGGGCAAAUGGCACGGAUAAAUGUAGCAGCAAUAAUAGAAGACCAAAUUGGAAGAGCAGUGAUUCCGAGCACAACAAACAAGGCCGAGACACCAGCAACACCCUCUACCACAUCCACGUCCACUCCCACGACAGAAAUAAUACUAGCAAAAACAAAGCGCAGCGAGUCGGACAAGACCAAUAAGAUUGGCCAGAGUGUUCAGAGGGACGAUAUAAAAUUCAAUCCGGAUGCCGAACUAACCCAUGGCUAUGCAAAUGCCACAGAGGCGUGGCCAACAAUGACAACUGCCAAUAUUGUGGCAGCGCCAGCAGCACCGACCAUAUCGCCGGCAAUAACGAGCACGGCGACCAGGAUUGGUGGCAAGGCGGUGCCCACGCCUCGGUUACUCGGAUCCGGUGCGGCGAAUGUGGCCCAGAUACUGGCCAAGUCUCUGGACAGUCCGUCCCCAUCAUCGUCAUCCGGCUGGCCGGUUAAGCAUGCCGCUGUGCUCGAGGGCGAUGUUAUAUUGGGCGGCCUGAUGAUGGUCCACUCGCGCGAGGACAGCAUCACUUGCGGACCCAUAAUGCCGCAGGGCGGCAUCCAGGCCUUGGAGGCGAUGCUAUACACCUUGGACCAGGUGAACAAGCAACAGCUGCUGCCGAACGUCACUCUGGGCGCCCACCUGCUCGACGAUUGCGACAAGGACACCUACGGCCUGGAAAUGGCAGUCGACUUUAUUAAAGCGCAUAUACAAAUAAAUUCAGAAUAUAUCACGGUAAAAACCGAAGCCAAGGCCAAAAUGAAAACAUUCUGUGACGAAAGCAAAUGGUCCGUGCAAAUUUGUUUGCUCCUGCUCCUGGUCGUUCUGUCCACUUGUCACAUCCUGCAGACCGAAAGCCAGGUGGUCGGCGACAUCGAACAGGCGGACGACGGGGUGGCGUCCAGUCAUCGUCGCAGUCGUAGUCACAGUGCCAGCCAUCAAGCUCACGUUGGUAAUGGCAAUAAUCCUGGCUGCAAGCACCUCCAUCAUCGUCAGCAUCGCGGCAAAAGUCACGCCCGGAAGCACAGACAGAGCCAUUACGAGAUGCUCGAGCUGGAGCAGCGGCAGCAGCGGAUGGGCAAGCACUGGCGUCAGUGGAUGAGCCACCUGCAGUCGCCGGAUUAUGCCAACGAUGACCCAUUGCCAGAUGGCAGGCGCUCCUCGCCGGCUAAUGCAGACCUUACCUACGACCACUUCGAGCUGGAGGACUACCAGCGAUAUGCUAAUAUUGACCUAGCAUCGCCGCGCUCCGGUCGCCAUCGCGGUCGCCAUCUGCCCCUGAACAACAUGAACCUAAUGCUGCCGCUCAGCUCGGCGGAUGGUAGUGGCAAGUACCUGAGAUCCCUGCCGGAUUCGGUGAGCUUCCAAAACGAUCGAUUGUACGCCACCCAGCCGCAAAGGCACUGGCCCGUCAAGCGGGAGGCUAUCGUGGAGGGCGACGUCAUUCUGGGCGGUCUGAUGAUGGUCCACUCGCGCGAGGACAGCAUCACCUGCGGUCCCAUCAUGCCGCAGGGUGGCAUCCAGGCCCUGGAGGCCAUGCUCUUCACUAUCGACAGGAUAAACCGGGAGCAGCUCCUGCCGAACAUUACCCUGGGUGCCCAUAUCCUCGACGACUGCGAUAAGGACUCGUAUGGCCUUGAAAUGGCCGUGGAUUUUAUCAAAGGGUCCAUCAGCAACAUAGAUGACGCGGAGUAUCACUGCAAUAAGACGCAGGUGCGCAAGGUCAUCUCGGGGGUGGUGGGUGCCGCCUCCUCGGUCACAUCCAUACAAGUUGCCAAUUUAUUGCGGUUAUUCCGAAUUCCCCAGGUGUCGUACUUCUCCACCAGCCCCGAGCUGAGCAACAAACAGCGAUUCGAGUACUUCUCCCGCACUAUUCCCUCGGAUCACUACCAGGUGAAGGCCAUGGUGGAGAUAGUGAAGCGGAUGGGAUGGAGCUACGUGUCGAUUAUCUACGAGGAGAGCAAUUACGGAAUCAAGGCUUUCGAGGAACUGGAGGAGCUCCUCGCACGCCAUAACAUUUGUAUUGCCAUCAAGGAGAAGCUGGUGAAGGAUUCGGGAGUGGCCGAGGACAUCGCCUACGACAAUAUAGUGCAGAAGCUGCUGACGAAGCCGCGGGCUCGAGGGGCCAUUAUCUUCGGUUCGGAUCAAGAGGUGCGCCAAGUGAUGCGGGCGGUGCGCCGGGCGAAUGCAACUGGUUCCUUCUCCUGGAUCGGAUCCGAUGGCUGGAGUGCCCGGAAUUUGGUGUCCGACGACUACGAGCCGGAGGUGGAAGGCACGCUGUCUGUGCAGCCGCAGGCGAAUCCGGUGCGCGGGUUCGAGGAGUACUUCCUCAGUCUGACGGUGGAGAACAAUCAACGCAAUCCCUGGUUUGUGGAAUUCUGGGAGGAUCACUUUCAGUGCCGAUAUCCCGGCAGUACGAGCACUCCGUACAAUAACUACACCAAACAGUGCACCACAAAGGAGCGACUUUCACGCCAGAACACUGACUUCGAGGACCAGUUGCAGUUUGUCAGCGAUGCGGUGAUGGCAUUUGCAUACGCCCUAAGGGAUAUGCACCGCGACCUGUGCGGCGGAGGUCCUUCGCUCUGCGAGGCCAUGAAGCCAACGAAGGGUGCAGACUUGCUGAAAUAUUUGCGAAAAGUGGAGUUUGAGGGCCUCAGCGGCGACGAGUUCCGCUUCGACGGGAACGGCGACGGUCCCGCCCGGUACAACAUCAUCCACUUCAAGCAGUCCCAGGCGGGACAGUACCACUGGGUCAAGGUGGGCGAGUACACCGAGGGCGAGCUGCGGCUUAAUAUGACGGAGGUGAAGUUUAAGCGGCUGAGUCCCAAGCCGCCGGAGUCUGUCUGCAGCCUGCCAUGUCUUGUGGGUCAGGCCAAGAAGUACGUGGAAGGCGAGAGCUGCUGUUGGCACUGCUUCAAUUGCACAACCUAUCAAAUCCGCCACCCGGAUGACGAGACCCAUUGCAAGCUGUGCAAGCUGGGCACUCUUCCCGACGCCCACAAGCAGUACUGCCGCCCCAUCCCGGAGAUAUAUUUGCGUCCGGAGUCCGCUUGGGCCAUCGGUGCUAUGGCGUUCAGUGCGACCGGGAUCUUAGUAACGCUCUUCGUAAUGGGCGUAUUUGUCAGGCACAACGACACGCCCAUAGUGCGUGCCUCUGGUCGGGAGCUGAGCUACAUCCUGCUGGCGGGGAUUUUCAUGUGCUACGGUGUCACCUUUGCCCUGGUCCUGAAGCCGACCAACAUAGUGUGUGCCAUUCAGCGGUUUGGUGUCGGCUUCUGCUUCACGGUCGUUUAUGCAGCACUGUUGACCAAAACGAAUCGCAUUGCACGGAUCUUCAAAGCGGGCAAACAAUCCGCCAAGAGGCCCUCCUUCAUUAGUCCCAAGUCCCAGCUGGUAAUCUGUGCGUGCCUGGUUAGUGUGCAGAUACUCAUCAACGGCGUUUGGAUGGUAAUUGCGCCAUCACAUGCCAUGCACCAUUAUCCCACACGCGAGGAUAAUCUGCUCGUCUGCGACUCGUACAUCGACGCCUCCUACAUGAUUGCGUUCUCCUACCCAAUCUUCCUGAUUGUUAUUUGCACGGUCUACGCGGUGCUCACGCGAAAGAUUCCGGAGGCUUUCAACGAAUCGAAGCAUAUUGGAUUCACCAUGUACACGACUUGUGUGAUUUGGCUGGCUUUUGUACCGCUCUACUUCGGAACCGCCAACCACGUUCCGCUGCGCAUCACCAGCAUGUCGGUGACCAUCAGCUUAUCCGCCAGCGUGACCAUCGCCUGUCUCUUUUCGCCCAAGCUGUACAUAAUACUCAUACGCCCCGAGCGCAACGUGCGCCAGAGUAUGAUGCCGCCUCGCUACGGCAACAUGCACCGCACCGCUGGCACAGGACCCUCGUCCAUGAUGGCCGCCGCCGUGGUGACCGCCGCCACCUGUGCCCAGGAGGAGAAGAUCCAGAAGCAUAUCACUCCCACAAACACAGAAAACUCGCUAAAGACGAAGAAAUUGUGCGAAAUGGCCACUCAGACAAUUUCCAGUAUAAUCACGUCGCUGGACAUCAAUGCGUACAAUCAAAUACCAUAUGCCGAUCAAUAUGUGCCAAACAAUGCCACAACGGCCACGACCACGCCCACAGAUAAGGGCAGUGGCAACGGCAACAGCAACAGCAAUAGCAAUACGAAUGGUAGUAGCAAUAGCAACAGCAACAGCAAUGGCGAUGGCGAUGUGGCAACAGAGCAAGUCGUGGCCAACAAUAAUAAAAUCAAUCAGCGACAACAUGGCCAGCCGGCCGUGGCAUUUGCCAUCACAUCGACUAACAAUCACAUAAGCGGCCCAGCAGCAACCAUAACAACAACAGCGGCAACUGGCGAAACAACAACUGAGGCGCUGGUGGCUACAAUAACAACUCCAUUGGCAACGGUGGAUGGCAGCGAAACCAUGUCCGUGGCUCCCAACAAUGGGCAUGGAAACAACGGGAGCCAACGUCCGCCGGUCCUGCAAACAAACUUAUAGCUAAACGCGCAACAAUUGCAGCAACAGCUGCUGAAGGAGCAGCAGCGACAACAAGCCGAGCUGCAAACGCAACAUCCGCAGCAGCAACAUGGAACACAAAGCUCUUCCAGCGACACCGCCAGCACGGGCAGCGGCAGUGCGGCGAAGAAGCGGGCCGCAAUUCCCGUUUAGCUGCCCCCGGAGAUUCGAGAUUCUCGCAACCAUACGUAAGUAGAGGAAAGUGUCUGUUGACCCAAGCGAUUCCCGGCAUCAGUCUAGGGAUGCGGAAAAGCAGACAAGAGGAGGGCAGGAGGUCGUGCUAGGACGGGACUAAAUUGGGAGCAGCUGGGCCACAGAAAUAUCUUCAGAUCUUAGAAGGCGAAAUAAUUCAUUUACCACUUUUGUUCGCUUAUUAAUUUGAGUGAAUUCUGGUUAUACCUUACCCCCAUAGACACAAAUUAUCUUAACGUUCUUUUAUAUAAGUUUAUCGAUAGCUGUACAACAAUGUAUCUCAAUAAUGAAGAUAUUCCUGUGGCACUUAAGGCUUUCUUCAGAUUUUAACAUGCACGCAAGAGUCAUAAGUAAGUAAGAGUCGGCUGAUCAAAAACCUUCGCAACUCUUCCCAAAAACAAAUGUGUUUCUCCAUUUUACACUUCAGCACAAGAGUUAAAAAAUAUAUAUUUAAAAUAAAUUGUCAACCUUAAUCUAUUAAUAAGUGUUUAGUACUUAAGCUUAUCUAGAAUUCUAAGCGUUGUUUCAAAGCGUUCCGAAAGAAACAAAAAAAUGAAAAUGUGAUAUAAUUUCAAAAAUGUGUUUUCUACAACCGAAGCAACUUACAAGCUAUCUGAAUAGUACACGAAACUUAUAGGCUAAGUGAGGCAAACGUUGUACAGUGAGCACUGGAUAAAGAGGACUUUUCGAGGGCGCAAUUAUGUUCCAAAAGGGCUGGGACACAGCCCCUUUGCAAUGUAGCAGCUAGUUAGAACAAUUACAAUUGCAUUUAUUGUGUUGUUUGAGCCCAUCAACAUGGUAGAUUUAAUUGUUGUCCAACUGAGAUGUGUGUACAUAUGUAUGUAUGGUAUUUAGGGGUGCAUUUCUUAGUCGUAGCGACACCUCGAUGUGAAUUCGUAUUAAAGUUAAUUGUGAGCAGCUUUCAACUCGAAAUGUGCUAUCUCCGAAAACACAUAGUUAAAUAUUUGUUAAAGAGCGCAAGUAAUGCAAUACAUGUCUAGCCAAAACAUGGGUACAAAAAAUAGCGAAAUUUGUUCGUUUUCCGUGUCUGUGUGUUCAGUGUAAAUAGUCGUUAAUGAGAAUUCCAUGGAACAUCCAAGAAUUGAAUGUCUUUCAAAUUAGUUACUUGAUGUAUAGUUAAUAUUACUAUUAUAUAAAAAAAAAAAAAAACGCUAAAUGUUUUUUGGCCGCAUAUGGAUUUACGAAUAAAGCAAGACGAAUAUCAAAGAAUCAAAAACACUUUCCAUUU